UAUUCCGCAUACGAAAGAGUCGAAGACCUUUCGAAGAAACUUCGCCCAAGACGACGCGCAAGAGCUCCGCACUCAUCAAAAUCUUCCAUUGUCUCUAUAUUGAACUACCCUUUCCCGAGCCCUUACCUGAAGCCAUCAAGCCUUUUCGAAAUUCGCUGGUGAGAGCUGUUGUUUUUCAUCCUUCCUUCACUUCCAUAUCUCAAAACCACUUCCUUCAUAUCUCCAUCGAAUUUUUGGUUCUAGGGUUUGGUUGGCAAUCCAUCGAAACCCAUGGACAGCUCUUUUGUUGGUUAUGCCACUUUGACUCGGUGCUUUGGUGAAUUAGUUGCGAUAAUCUAUUGAGAAAGUUAUUGGGUUUUCGUUGGUCAUUCAUCGAAACCCAUUGACUCUUCUUUAAUUGGCUAUUAAGCUUUGAAUUUUGGCUUUUGUGAAUUAUUUGCGUGAAUCAGUUGAGGUAGAUUAGAAAUGGUAGAAGUGAUUCGUGUUCACCGUAGAAAACACCGCCAAUUUCGCGGUAUACUGAAUGGGUUCUGUGCCCUAAUCUUGAUUUUCUUCUUUUAUAACCGCGGAGAUAUCUUGAGGAACCCACUUCUCAGGCGAUCGGCUUUUGUUUCCAAUCCCCAGUGGAGCUGGACCAGUGGUUCAUUUGUGGGUUCAAGUAAUUCAGUCGUAGUUCACCGGAGAAUGGUUGAAAUUGGUGCUAAUUCAUCAAAUUUUGUAGGUGGGGCUGGUCAAAAUGAUAGCUUGAUAGUAAAUAACCCCGAAUCCUGCACUGGAUUGUUCAACCACGAGGGUUUUGCAACCCACUGUGAGUUCUUGAAAGCGCACCCCCAGUGCUCCUCCGGUGGGUUCUUUGAUUACGUGAAGUUUUUCUAUUGCGAUUGUAAUGGAAAUGCGUUGGCUUAUGUAUUAUUGGCUAUUUGGCUAGCUGCGUUGUUCUAUUUGUUGGGUAACACUGCGGCUGAUUACUUCUGUUGUUCUUUGGAGAAACUUUCUAGUCUAUUGAGGUUAUCUCCAACAGUUGCUGGGGUUACUCUUCUUCCUCUUGGCAAUGGAGCUCCAGAUGUUUUUGCUAGUAUUGCUGCUUUUGUGGGGACAGGCUCCGGUGAAGUGGGUCUAAAUAGUGUAUUGGGUGGGGCAGUCUUCGUAACAUGCAUAGUUGUUGGGACUGUUUCCCUUUGUGUAGCUGAUAUGGAUGUUCAAAUUGACCGGAAAUGUUUUAUAAGAGAUAUUGGUUUCUUUAUAAUAACUCUUGUAUCGCUUUCGUUGAUUUUGUUUGUUGGCAAGUUAAGUGUCUGGGGUGCCAUUGCAUUUGUCUCUAUUUACGUGGUUUAUGCCUUUGCGGUUGGAGCAAAUGAGAUUUUGAUGAAACAUGCUCGAAGGUUGAAAUUGGAUGCAGUUACGCCACUGCUUCCGGUGAGAGGAAGUGUGUUUUCCCAAGGGAACCAAGAGAAUGACUCUGUCUAUAGCUCUUUGCUUGAGAUUGACACGGAAAGUGAUAGAAUCCAUUCCCACAGUUCAUUGCCUCAGUGGAUGUGGGCGUCAAAUGUCGCAAUAUUUUCGAAUCAGGCACUCAAGGGGCCUGAUGGUGAGAGGCCUGUGUGGGGUUGGAUAGACGAUGGCAUAGAAACUGAGCACUCAUCAUUCUCCUGCGCUAAACUAUGUUCACUAAUGGAGUUGCCUUUAACAGUGCCACGUCAAUUGACAAUACCUGCAGUCGAAGAAGAAACUUGGUUCAAACCCUAUGCUGUGGCCAGUGCUUCAUUGGCGCCAAUACUUCUUGCAUUUCUCUGGAGUACCCAAGACAGUGUGGGCUCUCGAAGCAAAAAAGUUGCUUACUUUCUUGGCGUUUCCAUUGGUUGUGCACUCGGUGUUCUGGCAUAUCGCUACACCAGAUCAGAUCGUCCACCUCAGAAGUUCUUACUUCCCUGGGUUUUGGGUGGUUUCUUGAUGAGUAUUGUAUGGUUUUACAUGAUUGCUAACGAACUGGUAGCUCUGUUGGUAGGUCUAGGCAUGAUUCUGGGGGUUAAUCCCUCAAUCCUAGGAUUAACUGUAUUGGCAUGGGGGAACUCAAUGGGUGAUUUGGUGUCAAAUGUCGCAUUGGCAAGUAACGGCGGAGACGGCGUGCAGAUAGCCUUGUCUGGAUGCUACGCGGGUCCUAUGUUCAACAUCCUCAUUGGUUUGGGGGUAUCAUUGUUGCUUGGAGCUUGGUCAGAGAAACCUAGAUUAUACAUUGUUCCUGAAGACAGAAGCCUGGUUUUUACUAUGGGAUUUCUGUUUUCAGGACUUAUCUGGGCACUUUUUGUUUUGCCACGGAAUGAUAUGCGUCCUAGCAAGAGACUUGGAAUUGGCCUCAUUGCCCUCUAUUUUAUAUUUCUCUCUUUGAGGGUAAUUGGCGCAACUGGACUCGUACAAUUGUCUUGACAUUUCGUGCAGCCGAUACACAGGAAAGAGCAGGUAUUGAGAGAUUUGCUGAAUCAGGGAAGUGGAGUUUUGGGGCUGAUCUGUUUCAUCAUCACCAGGUAUUUGGAUUGAGUGUUAUGUUCCAGAAGCAGAUGCUUUGUACACAUCGAUUUGAAGGUUAUAUACUUUGUAUAGUGUUAGUUGUAGAGAGGAAAAACUUGGCAGAGCCUGUGUUCCAAAAUCUAGUCAAGUUUAUAAGCAUUUAUUCGCUCCGUUUGUUGUC